GAUGACCACCACCAACCCCAAGAACGUGCAGGACUUCAUCUCGGCGGUGCAGACGCUGCUGCAACACAUGCAGGACAAGUUCCAGAUCCUGUCGGAGCAGAUCACCGGGAAGAUCAACGACAUGAGCAGCCGCGUCGACGACUUGGAGAGGAACAUCGCCGACCUCAUGAGCCAGGCCGGCGUGGAGGAGCAGGAAGGCGAGGGCCAGGCCUCCACGCACAAGGGCUGA